AUGGUAAUCGGGAACAUCUAUGUGAUCGCCUCCGUCGCCGUCGUCGGUGGCGGCCUCUUCGGCUUUGAUAUCUCGUCCAUGUCGGCUCAGCUGACGGAGAACGCCUACAAAUGCUACUUCAACCAGGGUCCAAAUGGUCCACCAUUUGAUGAUAAUGAGAAUUGCAGUGGGCUAAGCGCGCUGAAUCAGGGUGGUGUGACGGCUGCCAUGGCCGCUGGAUCCUGGUUAGGGGCCUUGAUUUCUGGAUUCGUGUCAGAUCGUCUUGGUCGGAAAUACUCUAUCAUGCUGGGAUGUGUCAUCUGGGUGGUUGGCUCGAUUUUAAUCUGCGCUGCGCAGAACAUCGCCAUGUUGUGCGUAGGUCGGGUCAUCAACGGUUUGUCCGUUGGGAUUGAAUCAGCCCAAGUCCCAGUUUACAUUUCCGAGCUGUCAGCCCCCUCAAAGCGUGGCAGGUUUGUUGGAUUGCAGCAGUGGGCUAUUACUUGGGGUAUCCUAAUCAUGUAUUAUAUUUCAUACGGCUGCUCAUUUGUCGGAGGAAAAUACUCGUAUGACUAUAGCCCCGCAGCCUGGCGCAUUCCAUGGGGCCUGCAGAUGAUUCCCGCUGUUGUUCUAUUUUUCGCCAUGAUGUUGUUGCCUGAGUCCCCUCGCUGGCUCGCUCGGGUGGACCGCUGGGAAGAAGCGCAUGAAGUUCUUGCCCUAGUGCAUGGUAAGGGCGAUCGGGAUCACCCAUUCGUCGCGAUUGAGCUGCAAGAUAUUCGAGAUAUGUGUGAACAGGAGCGACAGUUCGGCCAUGUCAGCUACCAGAAUCUUUUCACCCUGCGGAUGAUCAACCGUACCAUGAUCGGCCUCUUCACGCAGAUCUGGUCGCAGCUUACUGGGAUGAAUGUUAUGAUGUACUACAUUAGUUACGUUUUUACCAUGGCUGGCUAUUCUGGCAACUCAGCCCUCCUCUCCUCAUCAGUGGAAUAUAUCAUUAAUGUCUUCAUGACUCUCCCCGCGUUACUCUGGCAGGAUCGCUGGGGCCGCCGCCCAACCAUGCUGGUGGGCGCGUUUUUGAUGAUGGUAUUUAUGUUCGCGAACGCAGGAAUCUUGGCCACCCAUGCUACCAUAAUCCCUAUGGAUGAGAGGAGCAGUCCGGAAGUAUCAAUGAGUAUAAGCGGUGCAGCGUCGAAAGGACUAGUUGCCUGCACAUACUUGUUCGUUGCUUCUUAUGCACCCACGUGGGGUCCGGUCUCAUGGACAUACCCGCCCGAGCUGUUCCCCUUGCGUCUACGUGGUAAGGGGGUUGCACUAGCCACCUCUGGCAAUUGGGCCUUCAAUACGGCUUUGGGUCUUUUCACCCCAUCAGCCUUCACGAACAUUGCUUGGAAGACCUACAUAUUGUUCGGGGUUUUCAAUGCAGCCAUGCUCAUCCAUGUCUUCUUUGUCUUUCCCGAAACUGCUGGUAAGACAUUGGAAGAGACAGAGACCAUGUUCGAGGACCCCAACGGUAUCAAGUACAUGGGCACCCCGGCCUGGAAGACUCGUGUGCACACUCGCAGCACUGUUGCUCUAGAGCACGGUGACUUGGAGGCUUCGAAAGCCCAGGAAGCUCGCUCACACGUGGUUAGCAGGCAUGAGACAGUCACUCAGUAA